ACGAGGAGAAGAGGGCAGGAGGGCACUUCGCAUUCCUCUCUUCUUCUGCCUUCUCUAGAGAGGCAGAACGCAAAACCCCAAGUGAGGAAACCCUAGCUAGCCCAGCCCUAGCUAGAGAGUGUGAGAAGGCGAUGGAUCCUUCUAGGGUUGGCGAGCUCCGGGGCUUCGUGGAGGCGUGCAAGAAGGACCCGUCCCUCCUCUCCGACCCCAACCUCGCCUUCUUCAGGGACUACCUCGAGAGCCUGGGCGCCGACCUACCCGCUGCCGCAUUCAGCAAGGCCCCCAAGCAGACAUCUUCCAUGGAUGACAUCGACGAGGACGAUGAAGAUGACCUGAACAUGAGGGACCCCACCCCUGAGCCGGAUGAGCUUGACGAAGAAAUCGUGGAGUCCGAUCUUGAGCUUGAAGGAGACAUCGUGGAAUCUGACCAUGACGACUCUCCACAAAAGAUGGGAGAUCCUUCAGUUGAGGUGACUGAGGAAAGUCGUGAUGCCUCCCAGGAAGCAAAAGGCAACGCCAUGGAAGCAAUGUCAGAAGGGAAAUUUGAUGAAGCUGUUGAGCAUCUUACCAAGGCAAUACUGUUGAACCCCCUCUCAGCAAUCAUGUAUGGUACUAGAGCAUCCGUGUUUAUAAAAAUGAAAAAACCUGCUGCUGCCAUCCGUGAUGCGAAUGCUGCUCUUGAGAUCAACCCAGACUCUGCAAAGGGCUACAAAACUCGUGGAAUGGCUUAUGCUAUGCUUGGCAAGUGGGAGGAAGCUGCUCGUGAUCUGCAUGCUGCUUCAAACAUUGAUUAUGAUGAUGAGAUCCAUGCUGUGCUGAAGAAGGUGGAGCCUAAUGCACACAAGAUAGUGGAACACCGCAGGAAGUAUGAUAGGCUGCGGAAAGAGAGGGAAGAAAAGAAAGCUGAGCGUGAUCGGCUCCGUCGACGUGCCGAGGCACAGGCUGCUUAUGACAAGGCCAAGAAGAAGGAGCAAUCAUCAAGUCGCUCAUCAGGAGGUGCAUCUCCCAGGGGCUUCCCAGGAGGCAUGCCUGGUGGCUUUCCUGCAGGAAUGGGAGGUGGCUUCCCUGCAGGAAUGGGAGGUGGCUUCCCCGGGGGUGCUAUGCCUGGAGGAAUGGGGGGUGGUUUCCCUGGGGGUGCUAUGCCUGGAGGUAUGGGGGGUGGUUUCCCUGGGGGUGCUAUGCCUGGAGCUGGAGGCGGUCCGGGUAACGUUGAUAUGGGUGACAUCCUGAAUGACCCUGACCUGAUGUCAGCAUUUGGUGACCCAGAGGUUAUGGCGGCUCUUCAAGAUGUGAUGAGCAACCCUGCCAAUUUUGCAAAGCACCAAGCCAACCCCAAGGUGGGUCCAAUCAUCACAAAGAUGAUGGCGAAAUUCAAUGGGUCCAAGUGAAGAUGGUGAGCUAGUAGUGGUGAUGGGUGAAAAGCAUGGUGGUUAAGUGCAUCUUUUUGUGCAUCUGGAAGUGUUUGUUUAGCAACUGGGUGGGAAUAUGUGCGGAAACAAGACUCUUGAUAUUGGCUUUUUAUGUUGGUAAACUUUUAGAGAUGCAAGCAAAUGACAGUUUGGGGGAUAUGAUGAUUAUUAUGAGUUAUUGAAAAUGUUCUGAUGUCCGCCUGCCUGUUUAUAUUCUGUUUAAAAAAGCAGUAAUGCGCA